AUGCCGCAGGACAAGCGCCUGAUUGUCACCAAGGCGGUUCUGUAUAAGCUGCAGCGCGUCUGUGCGGAGGGCGCAAACGGUGGCAGCAGCAGCAGCAGCAGCGGAGGCGCGGACGAGGAAGGCAUCUAUCUUGAGUUCAUCCUGCCCUUCGUCAUCACGGCGCAGUGCCCGCGGCUGGUGCGUGACCACCGUUUCCAUUUGCCGCAUCGCGUGUACGCCGCCAAUGGGCGGACCACGUGCCUGAUCGUUCCCAAGGUCAUCUCGCACGACUGCGGCAAGAUCAACAAGCGGCAUGGCUACUACGACGCGGUGGUGACGGCCGAAGCCAUCUGCAAGCGCGGCGACGCCGAGGCAACAAAGAGGGCACUCCGCGUCGCGGCCACAUUCAGCCAUUUCGUGGUGGAUGCCCGCAUACAGUCGAAGCUGCCGCACGCCAUCACGGACGCAGUGAAGGGUAGUUCGCCCUCAUCGGCCGCGGCUGCCAAUGCGGCGCCGAGCUCGGCAGUGCGCUGCCCGCGCAAGAUGAUCACGCCGCUAGACGGCCUCGACGAGCGCGAGACGCUUGGCUUCCGUCUCUCACAAGGCUCCACCGCAGGGCUGGUGGAGUUGCAGAAGCAGGGUCAGCUGCUCUUCCGCGUCGGCCAUGGCGGCAUGACGGCCGGUGCAGUGUGCGAGAAUGCGAAGGCGUUCGUCGUCUCACUCAAGAAGGAGUUUCCGACGGUGUGGAGGUACAUUCAGGAGUUCUCGCUGGUGUCCAACCGGACAGAGCGUAUCCGCUUCAUGGAGGUGCACAUUACCAAGUGA